UUUGAUGAUAAAAAUAAUGUUUUGAGUAAAGAAGGAAAGCUAUUUAAGUUACGUGCACGUAUAAACCUUAUCUAGCCCUUUGAUCAACCUUUUUUCCGCUCUUUUCCAUCUGCGUUUUCCUAGGUGUUCUUCAUGGCCCUGGCAUUCAGCUUUACCUGUAAAACACUGAGUGGAGUCAUUAUGAAAAGUUCCAUUACUCAGAUAGAAAGAAGAUUUGAUAUAUCCUCUUCUAUUUCUGGCUUAAUUGAUGGAAGCUUUGAAAUUGGAAAUUUGUUGGUGAUUGUAUUUGUAAGUUACUUUGGAUCCAAGCUACACAGACCAAAGUUAAUUGGAAUUGGUUGUGUCAUUAUGGGAACUGGAAGUAUUUUGACUGCUUUACCACAUUUCUUCAUGGGAUAUUAUAGGUAUUCUAAAGAAAAUGGUAUUAAUCCAUCAGCAAACUCAACAUCAACCUUGUCAACCUGUUCAAUUAAUCAAACUUUAUUAUUCAAUAGAACAUCACCUGAAAUAGUGGGAAAAGUUUCAGGUACUUUGAGUGCAGUAGCCAUGACUGGUCCACUCACGGGCUUUCUCCUGGGAUCUCUGUUUGCUAAACUCUACGUGGAUAUUGGAUAUGUAGAUCUAAUGCCAUCUCAUAUAAAUGUACCACUUUCUUAUUGCAACUCAGAUUGCAAUUGUGAUAAAAGCCAUUGGGAACCAGUCUGUGGAGAGAACGGAAUAAUUUACAUGUCACCUUGUCUAGCAGGAUGCAAAUCUUCAGGUAGCAAUAAAAAGCCUAAAGCGUUUUAUAACUGUAGUUGUGUGGACAUAACUGGUUUCCAGAACAGAAAUAACUCGGCCAAUUUGGGUGAAUGCCCAAGAAGUGAUCACUGUAUAAAAAAGUUUCACUUUUAUCUAGCACUGCAAGUCUUGGGUGCUUUUACCUCUUCAGUGGGACACACACCCGGUUUAAUGCUGGUUUUUAAAAAUGUUCAACCAGAACUGAAAUCACUUGCAGUGGGUUUCCAUGCACUGACUAUACGAUCCCUAGGAGGAAUUCUAGCUCCUAUAUAUUUUGGGGCUUUUAUUGAUAGAACAUGUUUGAAGUGGUCCAUCGACAGUUGUGGGAAGCAAGGAUCUUGUAGGAUGUAUAAUUCCACAUUAUUUGGAGCCUAUUACUUUGGCAUAAUUUUCAUCUUAAAAGCCUCAUCACUUAUUUUAUUUAUUAUAUUCAUAUAUGCCAUGAAGAAAAAAUAUCAAAGAAAAGAUACCAAGACAUCAGAAAAUGUAAAAAAAGUUGUAAAUGAAGCAAACUUAGAGCCCUUAAAAAAUAAUGGACAUUUUGUAUCUUCUGCUGGAGAAGACGGUGAAACAUGUAUUUAA